AUGGCUAGGGAUGCGGCUCUUCAGGUGACAGACCAGCAUCCACACAUGGAAGCCAUCAUGGAUCUUCCAGUUUUGGUUGAUUCGGACGAUGAUGAAAUGGUCUCCCAUGAACUAGAGCAAAUGAGAAGCAUAUUGGAAGAGGCGAUUUUGGAAACGCUUAGCAUGCCUUUUAAAAAUCCACUGCGACUUCCCCGCAUACUCCUGAGUAAGCGAAAUCGGGCUAUCGUGAGGGCUCUUAACCCAACGCUGGUGACCUAUUUGGAAGCCAGUCUGGACUUUUACGCGACGGACUCAAUUCUUUUUGCCGCAUUGGCAAUUUGUCGUAUCAUUGGCGCCAAACAUACCAUGACUGGACGCGGAAAAAAGUAG